AUGCCUUGUGCCUGUGCUUUCUUUUUCUCUUGUCUUCGUGCUCCUCCCCCUCUCCCCACCAGCUUCAUGUUGCACAAGCUAUGGUCGAUGGUGGAUGGGCUAUCCCAGGAGGACUCUCAAGACACGCUCAUGCAUCACGAGCUCUUCCUGCCCGGCCACAUCCUCAACAACUUCAUCAAGCUUGUACACGCUCAUGCACCACGAGCUCUUUCUGCCCGGUCACAUCCUCAACAACUUCAUCAAGGAGAAGCUACAGCUGCACCUGCACAAGAUCCAAGCGCAUGCCGCCCACCCCUUCUCUGGCCUCCCCUCCCCAUUCUUCUCCAUCCACCCUCUCAGGAGAAGCUACAGCUACAUCUGCACAAGAUCCAAGCGCAUGCCGCCCAGGAGCUGGUGGACAACCCCACCGCCACGGACCUGCGCGCCUCCAACUGGCUGCGCCGCCUCGUAGAGGGCGGCUCCUCCGCCCGCGCAACAGGCACUGCCGCCCGGGCAGGGGCGGGGCCGGCGGGCGGGCUGGCGAUGACGUUCAUAGGGAAGGACAUUGAAUACAUGCUCAGCACGGGGAACCUUGCCAGUCCGUCAGGCCUGGACAUGUCUCAGAAGUCGGGGUUUACUAUUGUUGCGGACAAGUUGAACUGGCACCGGUACCUCUCGCAUUUCCGGUCGGUUCAUCGCGGGGCGUUCUUCUCGACGCUCCGGACGACCGCCGUGCGCAAGCUGCUGCCAGAGUCAUGGGGGUUCGUGUGUCCCGUGCACACACCAGACGGCGCCCCCUGCGGCCUUCUCACCCACCUCUCAGCCCCUUGCACUGUCACCACCGACCUCACCCCCCCUCCCCUCGCCUCCCCCUCCCCCUCCGCCCCCUCCUCCGCCUUAGCCCUCCUCCCCUCCACCCCUGGCUCUGCACUCGUCCCCCACACCCCCUCCACACCUGGUGGCACCCCCGGGGCAAGCUCCCUAACCUCGGGGCUAGGUUCGGGGGUUGGUUCGGUGAAAUCCCGCGACGCGAUUGGCCGGGCAGUGCUGCGGUGUUUGGCCCCAUUUGGGCUGGCGGCAGUGGGGGCGGGGGUGCCGCCCCCUGCCCCCACUCCGGUGUUUCUGACGGUGAUGGUGGAUGGGAGUGUGCUGGGGCACAUUCACUCGGACAUGGCACCGGGUGCUGUGAAGCAUCUGAGUGCAAUGGGGCUGGUGGCGGUGUUUCUGACGGUGAUGGUGGAUGGGUGUUUGCUGGGGCACAUUCACUCGGACAUGGCACCGGCUGCUGUGAAGCAUCUGAGAUGCCUCAAGGCUACGGGCGAGGCUGAAGCGCUUGUUGCAACUGCAGGGUUUCUCACAAGCCCUAGCGCACACCCACGCCCACGCCCGCCCACUUCCACCCCCACUCCCACUCCCACCCUCACUCCCACUCCCACCCUCACUCCCACUCCCACCCUCACUCCCACUCCCAUACUCACUCCCGCUGACACUGCCACCCUCACUCCCACUCCCACUCCCACUCUCACUCCCACUCUCACUCCCACUCCCACUGCCACUCCCACUCCUGUGGUCAUGACGUCUUUUCCCCCUAGCUUGCUCGCAGCACUACAACCCCCCUGA